UAUAAAUAUUGUAGUCAGUGGCAACGUGACCGUUCGCGCACGCCGUUCACCGUCGCGCAGGCACAGUUCUACGAUACCGAUAUAACAUUGGUAAUAAUAAAAACCGUGUAUAACGAUACGUUGCAACACCCGUCGUACUUAUUAUUGUUGUAUACGCACAAGACGCAUAAUAAUAUCAUUAUUUCCGCCGGACGGUUUGUCGCCCUCGCUCGCGUUUCGGGAAUUCUGUGUCCGACGCGUGUCGUGCCGAUGCGCGUUUCCGCGGCCGUCGCAGACAGCUGCAGCGUUUUUAGCGUUACGAACUAAACACCGUGGCCCUACGCUACCUCCGAUUUCAUUUCGUCAGCGCGUCUCUACGUCUUUUUCUGAAUCAUCCCCAUUAGACCUUAUCUUGUGAGUGUGUUGUGUGUGUGUGUGUCUGUGGCGUCUCUAACUGGAUAUUGUCAUAACGCAGCUACGAUGGAGACCGAAGAGAUCACUAAACUCGUAGAUGGCAUCUAUAAGAGUAUAUUGGAAAAGUUCAAUCCAGGUGCCCGACAAAUGAUAAACGCAGGAAAGGCAUACCUGAAAGCACUUCACGGAGCCGCUACAGCUUCCAAGGUAUAUACGGACGCUAUAAUGAGAUUGGCCAAACAAUCUCAGCAAGGAACUUGGGGAGGAUCAGCCGAUAUUGGUUCAGCACUUAUGCAGAUCGUUGAAGUUUACAAAGAAAUCCAAUCGCAACAGCUAAACAUCCUGAAAGCAUUCUACGUCGAUUUACUAGUGCCGUUGGAGACAAAUCUUGAAAAAGACACCAAAGUCGUGCAGUCUGAACAAAAACGAUUUUUACAACAGCAUAAACAAAGAUCUGAAAGUUAUAGUAAGGCUGCAUCGGCUAUGAAAAAGUGCCGUAAAAAGCACAAGGUUGGACCCAAAGCAGGAUUGGCCAUGGAUAAAGAAAUAAAGACUAUGCAAAUCCUAGAAGAAGAAAAAAAUAAAUUGGAUAACUUUUGCGAACAAAGUUUGAAAAAUGCCAUGACACAGGAAAGACGUAGAUAUGGUUUUGUAUUAGAAAGACAAUGUUCGCUGGUUAAACACUGUUUAGCGUAUCAUACCAACACUCAGUCAAUGUACGAUGAACAUCUUAAUGACUGGCUCGAUGUGGCUAAGUCUCGAGAACGGUUGCCAGAAUCCGUGGAAACCAUGUUCGCAACAAAACUACGACAAGUAAGCUUCUGGCUGGAUGAUGAUGUUAGUUCUCCAAGAAUCGAUGAUGAUAGGAUUUCGCUGUCAUCACAACUGAGAAAAACAAAAUCAAUGGAUGCGUCUUGCUUGGAUGUUCGAGCCCUAAAUGAUAUAUCCAGUCCGGUCUUAAAUUAUCCGCUUUCUAGAGCCAAAUCAGAUUUCAAUUUGAACGCAUCAUCGCAAUCUCUGAACAGAAUGGAAAACGGAUCGAGUCCGGGAAAUAAUGGAUCCAGACCAAAGUCGAUGGCAGUAGUCGAUAACGGAUGGGAAUCUCAGGGUGCAAAUCUCGUGCAAGCGACACACGCUUAUCUGUCAAGCGGUGACAAUCAAUUAAGUUUCCACGAAGGAGACACAAUCGCUAUAUCAGGAGAACGGAAUAAGGGAUGGCAAUUUGGAGAGAAUUUACGUACUCAGUGCAGUGGUUGGUUUCCAUUAACGUAUACCGAACCCGUACUGGACGAUUCUGUCUUUUCUGAUUCGCCGUCAUCAUAUCGACGAAAGGACUCUAUGGGCCAAUCUACCGUCUCAACCCAUAACAGAAGUGAAUCAGCAACGAUUGGCAAACAAAACCGUUAUCAAACGACGACACUUACAAGAUUUGGUGAUUCUCUGUCUCACAGAAAUCCAUAUCCGACACGGUCCAGGGCAAACAGUAGAUCAAAUGGUUACGGGAUCAACCCGCAUGGGCCUCCACCUCCGUCGGUUCCAGCUCCUGUAGUGCCCCGACAGUAUGGUGGGCACAUACCACCGCCGAUCGCAUUUUUCCCGCCACCACCGCAGACAUUGCCACCUGCACCUGGCAAGCCAAGCGCGGUCGACAAGAGGACUGGUGGAGUCCACCACCAACACGGAAACGCGAGCCUACACAGCAGUAACGAUAGCGGCUUCAGUAACGAUCCGCCACCGGCGCCCGAAAUCGACUAUUCCGAUGACGAAAACGCGAGAACUAUGGUCAAAGAUCCGAAGAAAGACACGGCGGCGCGUUCCAAGCAAACAGCGGCGGCUUACAGGUCAUCCGAUGAGGACCGCGGUUACCACCGUCAAGGUCAUCACCAGAAUCAGACAAUGACGAUGACGACGGGUGGAAGACAGUCAACGGGCACUAUGAAGUCGUCGUACAACGGUGGCGGCGGAGGGAUGAACACCGGAAGGCGGAACACGGGCACGUCGACGAUGCGGCAGAGCACUAGCGUCGGCCACCUGUCGUCGUUCGGCGACGGCCAGUCUAGGCAUGCAAAUUCGGCGUACGACGACGACGACGACGGGUUCACCGCGCAGGGUAAGAAGAUAAAGAGGACAAAGUCAAUGUGGAAAUUUAAAAAGUCCAGCGCGAGCGACGAAGGGUUGUUGACCGGCAUGUCUAUGUGGAAGCAUAGGUCGCUCGUGGACGUGAAUGCCGCAGACGCAGAAGAACAGCAACAACAACAACAACAACAGCAACAGCAACAGCAGCAGCAACAGCAUAACAACUACAACAACAACAACAACAACAACAAGUCGACGGCGGGAACGCCUGUGGCCAACAAGAAGUUUACUGUGGCCUCGAGCCGGGACAUCGACAUAGCCGGCGACGACGACGACAGCCAAACGAUAAUGAACGGCGGCGGUUCGUCAACGAUGCGGCGCAUGACGUACGACAACCGUAAACAGCAGCAGCAACCGCUGCAGCACCGGAGCAGGAGAUCGUCCUCGUCGAGUUUCGGCGGGGGCGACGACUCCGAGUCGUGCAUCGUGGUGGACGACCACCUGAAGAACGUCCGGUCCGCACCCGCGCCCGCCAGCCUGUUGCCCAGAACCCGAUUGAUCAAGCAGACGGCCGGCGUCGCGGCGAUCGGCGGCGCGAACGGUCAGUCGCCGUCGGCCGCGCACCACCACCAGCCGAUGAUGAUGCCACCCCCGCCGCCGCCACCGCCUGCCGUCCGUACCGCCACCGCGGACGACGGAUACGCGCAACACGACUCGGACGCUGACAUCCGGUUCGAGAGCUCCAAGCUGCAGACGUUCAAGUACAUCAACGCGACACACAACGACGGAUGGUACGACUCGUGGGGAGAGAAGCGAAAGAAGUAGGACGCGCCAAAGAACGAACGUGUUUGCGACAAUCAAACUGCGUAAAACCAACACCAACGACCGGUCAGCGCCGAAGAUCAUAUAAUAUAUUAUAUGAUUCGUCACUUUAUCCGUAAAGAAAAUAAAUCAUAGAAAAUAUAUAUGCAUAUAGCAUAAUAUUUUUAUAAAUUUUUUUUCGCAAUUCACGCUUUAAAGUGAAUAAUUUUCUUCAAAAUAUUUUAUCAUUACAUACUUUUAAUUAUUAUUGUUAUAUUAGUUAGUCGUUUUGACAAAAAAAAAAAAACAAAAAAAAAAAAAACAAAAAAAUAAACACUGUAUAUGUACUAUC